CUGCAAUGCCAACAGUCAACGUUUCUGAUUUGAAUCCAGCCCAAAAGACACCCAUUUUCUACCUCUCUCGCAACAGUCAUGAGCCCACAAAAUGCUCCACCACGAAAUAGCCAUGAAUUCGCUUCGUAUAUUCGAAAGCUUCAAGAAAUCUCUCCUUCUGCUUCCACACUAGCUAAAUUGCGAGUGUUUCUCGCGCUGAUUUUGGAAUCUGUUAGCUUGUGAUACUUACGUGGUCUCUUUUGGUUUUUCCAUGCCAUGUCGUGACGUUAAUUUCUCCCCCCAAACUUACAUCCGUACCUGCCGGCUCAUACCGCUUAAUUAUUAUUUGUUUAAAUGAGUAGUACAAAAAUGUCAACAUUGAAUUAAUAACCACCUUAAUUUCUUAACCGUCUUUGGAAUCAAUUAUUUUCAAUGAUAUUGGAUAUGUAAGGAAGGUACUGCCUAUAUUGUAGACUAGGAUGCAAUUGUUGAAAUUCACCAACUGGGUCGCUGUUCUCUUUCUGGGUAUUGCUUUCUUGUACUUCUACGGCAACCCAUCUGCUCCCUCUCCUCCUCAGAGUAUGGCUGAAGAGUCUUCCAAAUCGAUAUACGAUUUUACGGUCAAGGAUAUCCGUGGAAAUGAUGUAAGCUUGAGUGAAUACAAUGGGAAGGCUCUCUUGAUUGUCAACGUUGCUUCGAAAUGUGGUUUAACACAAACAAACUACAAGGAAUUAAACGUGUUAUAUGAAAAGUACAAAAGCCAAGGGUUUGAGAUCUUGGCAUUUCCUUGCAACCAGUUUGCAGGACAAGAACCAGGAAGCAAUGAGGAAAUUCAGGAAGUUGUGUGCACGAGGUUUAAAGCUGAAUUCCCAGUUUUUGAUAAGAUUGAAGUGAACGGGAAGAAUGCAGCACCCCUUUACAAGUUCCUCAAAUCCCAGAAAGGGGGGAUAUUUGGAGAUGGCAUAAAAUGGAACUUCACAAAGUUUCUGGUGAACAAAGAAGGAAAGGUUGUGGAGAGAUAUGCGCCAACCACAUCACCUCUUAAAAUUGAGAAAGACAUACAGAAUCUAUUGGAAUCUUCUUAAGUACCAAGAAAAACAAGAAGAUGAUUGCAUUCAACAAAAUUUGAUUCUUUUGCAUCUCUUUUACAGGCAUUGCAUAACGAUGUGGUCGGUUGUUCCUUGGAGUACAUAUAUCAGAAGAAUGCAUUAUGGUUGUGGUGGUGAAUUAUAAGUUUAUAUAAUAUACUACUUGAAUAAUCAGUUAAAAUUGUCACUGUUGUCCUUGUCAA